AUGGCUUUAUAUACAACAGGUUCGUUCUCAAUCACUGCAUUUGACUCAGACGCAGUUCACCUGCAACAUAUGGCUGUAGAACCCAUCUACGCAUCUGCAUUGACAAGAGAUCAUACCACAUUCAGCCGGCUUUUCUGUUUCCCAUCCGGAAGAUUCUAUUAUGAAGUGAUGCAAGUGAAUGUGAAUGGAACUGGCAUUUAUACAAUUCUCGGCAGCAGCAAUUACAUGUCCAUUUCCAGUUAUAUAUAUGAAUAUGAUUUUUAUUCUGUACUGCCAUUUGGAAACUUAAUCUCGGGCACAGACAAUGAUUGUUACGGUCUUGCAAGUCCGAUUACUGCUAGAUUGACGAACAAAAUUCGGUAUGUAUUGGUUGUGACAUCGAAAUAUUCGUUAGAAUUAACGAUACAUAGACAAAAGUAUUCUAAGGACUGUACAAGUUCGCUUCACUACUAUGAGUCUAUACGAUUAAUUGUGUCCAUGGAUGCAUAUUAUACUGUCUCAACCAAGGGAGACUCAGAUACAUAUAUUGAUAUCUACGAAAAUCCUUUCGAUCCGAUGGAUCCACACCGGAAUGAAAAUACACCCAAAUAUACAGUUUGUUUCACUCGCAUUCGACGGACUGUACAGGUAUAUUUCGAGCUGAUGCCACAUAUAUCUUAG